CCCAUCUCGACCGAAACGACCCAGGUGCAACCAUGCUCCGCCAAGCUGUGGCCGUCGUCCUCGCGGCUGUCGGCGCGACCUUGGCCGAGGUGACCUGCCCAUACACAGGGCCUUCCUUCUCGACAGGCUAUUGCAUGAACGACAGCACGGCCCUGUGCGUCGUCGACAGCCGCUGCACCGAGGUCGCGUCCUGGACGACUGCAAGUCUCGUCUCGUCUCGAGGCCUCGUCACGACCAGCGCCUCUGCAUUGCUCCAGAUCCCUGACGUUAGCACGCUACGCUUCAUCGGCAAUGGGCUCAAGACCGUCGGCGACCUCUCGAAGGCACCGAAUGGCAGUGCGAUCACAAACUGCACGAACUUGGUCAUUGCCUUUAACCCAGGCCUACAACUCGACAAGAUGGUGCUUCCCGCCUCCCUCUUGGACUUGGCGCUGCCGAACAACGGCCUCUCGACAUUGCCAGCGACCGUGCUCUGGCCUGCGCGACUCACCUCCAUCGUUCUGGACAACAAUAUGCUGCAAAGCUACGCCAAUGGCCCGGUCGUCGAAACAAUCUCUCUCUACAACAACUCGCUCGUGGGCUUGCAGAACUACGACUGGCGCCGCAUGAGCUACGUGAACCUCGAUGCCAAUGCGAUCACGAGCAUCAAGAACGUGCAGUUCUCGGCCACCUUGACGACCUUUCGAUGCGAUCGCUGUGAGCUGGUCGAGUUCACUUUGGACAUGUCAUCCUUCCUGGCACUGGCGAGAGCCAAGAGCGUCGCGAUUGGUGCAUCCAAUGUCAAGUCGUGCGCAGGCAGCGGCGCCGUCCUUAACAGCAUCUCCGGUGUCAACAACCAGAGCAUCGCUGUCUGCGUCUCCCAAGAACCGUUCUUCAACUCGUCGCACGCGUCGCGGGGACCGAUCAUUUGGGGCAGCCUCGCCGGUCUCGCCGUCGUCAUCAUCGGCGUCUAUGCGUUCAAGCGCCAGUGCGCGCAGAAGAGCGGGUCCGGCCAUAGCUACUUCAAGGCGAGCGACGAUGGCACGGCGCCGUCGGGCGUCAGCGACGCGAGCAUGCACGAGCGCCUCGACAUGACCGACCUGCUGCCGUUCCGCAUCGACGAGGCGAUGCUGACCAAGCAGCGCGUUCUCGCGUCUGGUGCAUUUGGCCAAGUGUUUCUUGGGACCUACCGCGGGCAGGCCGUCGCGAUCAAGGCGCUGCUGCCUCAUCGCACGGCGAUCAAGGACGUGUGUGGCCUCGUCGCCGAAGCCAAGCUUCUUUCCAAGCUAUCGAGCCCUUAUGUCGUGCGCUUCCUCGGCGCGGUGUGGAGCCGGCCCAUCGAUCUCUGGUGCGUCGUCGAGUACAUGGACCUUGGCGACCUGCGCCAACUGCUUGCGACCAACGUUGUCCUCGUCGAGUCGGCGCGGCUCGAGAUGGCGCUGGCGAUCGCCGAAGGUCUCUUGUAUUUGCACUCGCUCGACGUGAUCCACCGCGACCUCAAGUCGCGGAACGUGCUCCUCGACACCGCCGGCCACAUCAAGCUCACCGACUUUGGCGUCGCGCGCGAAGUGUCGAGCAACACGAUGACGGCUGGCGUCGGCACGUGCCGGUGGGUUGCACCCGAGGUGCUCCAGAGCGGCCACUACACGACGGCCGCCGACAUUUACUCGUUCGGCGUCAUCCUCUCGGAGCUCGAUACGCGCGGCCUCCCGUACGCGGAGCUCCGCAACGCCCGCGGCCACGCGCUCAACGACUCGGUCAUCGCAACCCGCGUGCUACAAGGUACGUUGACGCCGUCGUUUUCAGUUGAUGGACCGGCUUGGCUGCGCGAGCUUGGCGCCGACUGCCUUUCCACGGACGAGGAUCGUCGGCCCACGGCGCUGCAAAUCUCGACGCGACUUCGCCAGACCCAACGCGAUCUUCUGACAGCGUAGCCGAGAAGGAAC